AUGGCGCUCAGGCAGAUGCUGGCCGUCGCCGUGGUGGCCGGCUGCACAGUGGCGCUCUCCGGCGCGACGGACCACAUCGUCGGCGACCGCACCUUCUGGAACCCCAACAUCAACCACACCCUCUGGUCCGGCAACCACACCUUCUUCGUCGGCGACCUCAUCUCGCUACGGCACCAGAAGGGGACGCACAACGUGUUCGAGGUGAACGAGACGGGGUAUAACAGCUGCACCAUGGAUGGGGUCGCCGGCAACUGGACCUCCGGCAAGGACUCCAUCCCGCUCAAGGAGCCCCGCCGCUACUUCUUCAUCUACGGCUGCAACGACCUCUGCCAGGCCGGCAUGAAGGUCGUCAUCACAGUCUACCCGACCCCCGGCAACGCCACCAGGUCCAGAAACGUCACCGAGUUCCACCACGGCCCAGAGAUUAUUCCAGACUGCGGCGCCGCUGCCGCCUCCAUCGCCGCUAGGCUGAUGGUCACAGUGCUCGCAGUUGCCAUUUCUGCUGUCUACUACCUGAUUCGUAGGAGCUUACUGCUGUGCUUAAUUCUUAGUAGUAGAUAA